GAGAUUGCGCGCCCCUCGACCACAACCUGACGCUCUCUUACUUUCUUUCCAGGAUCUUGCAGACCUCGUAAUGUCGUCGCAGGCAAUUGCGACGUCGUCAAGAGGUCUGCCAGAUCUCCCAUCAUGGACCGCUGGUUCGAACUUACACCCGAACGACAGUGACUCCAACCACGAAGAUGAACAGGAACAGCAGCAUAUCAGCCCGUCCAUACCAAGCCAUUCGACCUGGGAUAACCUAGAUCUUCAAACACGGAACCACGCUGUGGGCAACCUGCUCGCGGCCCUCACCCCCAUCAAUCAAACGCAACCCCAGACCCAGACUCAGACCCAGACCGCAACUGCGCCCCCCAGAAUGGACAUGGCUUCGAUGCCGGACCAGAGUCUUGAUGGCUCUCCUGAGGUGACGGGGACGGAAACAAACAACAUCAACCUAGAGACAGAUCCCGAUCACUUACUCCCGCUGCAAAACCCUGAGGACUUUCUUGCUGCCGGCGGACUCCCUUCAUUGCCCCCUACGCUACCGAUGGACUCCUUCGCGCAACCUUUACCGCUUCCUGUGGGACCAGAUGGCCUACUGACUGCCUAUGCAAACGAACCUCUGCCGCCUACAUCCUCUCAAAUUCCACUCCCAGAACGAAGGGAAAUCGAAGCGUUCGCAAAGAUUGAGUUUGAGGAUGGGAACUACUACAUCACCACCUAUGCCUGUGAAUUGGGUAGGGAUGCUUUUGCAUAUAGGGCAGCCCUUGCGAAAGCGGAAGAAGCGCGUCAGGCUGAGCAAGACCGUGCACAAAGCUCGAGCGGUAGGCGGUCAGGUCUGUCUGAAGGCAUACCACGACCUGGCGACAGUCAAGUCCAGGGGAGUGUUGUCAGUGAGGCCGGUGGAUUCGGUGGUGUUGAUGACGGUCUGGGUAUAGAGAAUGAAAAAGGAGAGGAUGGUCAACCUUUACACUCGCACUCGUCCGAAAGGUCUGCUGGUAGUGUCGUCAAACCUCAGGAAGUUCUCUACAACCCUCCACUUGCUCCUUUCGACUACCAUAAGAUGGCAGAACGUCAAGCUCAACUGGAGUACGGCAACGACCAGGAGCCAGACAAUGAACAACCAGCGCCAGUGACAGCCGAUCAUAUCCCGGAUGCCCACAAUUGUCCGCUUAUUCCUAUCCACGCCAUGCGCAACCACCAAAAGUCCGAGUUGGAAAACCAUAAGAGUAUUUCACGGCGGCACGUCAAGAUCCAGUGGGAUUUCGACAAGGAACGCUUCCAGAUGAAAGUGAUGGGUAGAAAUGGUGCGUUCUUGGAUGAUGUGUACCUUCCUCGCGGCCAAAUACGACCUAUUCGCGACGGUUCAAAAAUACAGAUCUCGAAUGUCUGGAUGACUUUCAGACUGCCGAAGCAAGAAGCCGAGUUGGCGAGCGAUGGUUCAGGCCGGGAGGAGGUUGAGCACAGCCCUACCCGACCACGGAGCAUUUCCCCAACAUCGAACGAACAAGACAGAAGCGUUUCACCGUCAAAGGGCGGCAGGGGCAAGACAAAGAUCAUCCUGAAUACCGUCGAAAAACCGGCAGCCGUGAUUGCAGAGCCUAUCCUUGGACCCGAUGGCCAACCUCUUCCUCCCAAAAGGCGGGGACCUGGCAGACCACCAAAGGAUGGGAUCAUGUCGACUCGGGAAAGGAAAGAGAGGGAGAAGGCGGCGAAGCUCGCGGAAGCAAAGGCCGCGAACGGAGGGAAGACUCCUCCGCCGAUGAUGCGAGGCCUUAAACCCUCCAGGCCGAUCAUCAACGAGGAAGAGAUCGCAGUCGAAGCCAAACCAGAGAAGAGGAAAUACAAGAAGCGAAAGCGAAUCGGGGAAGACGGUGACAUCGUCCAGUCAAUCGAGGGCGGUGAGGUCGAAGUGCCUAGCGAACCCGAGAAACCGCCACCAGUCAAGAAAGCCAGAUCGAAAUCUCCGAGUCCAGACUAUCCUCCUGCGGAGAGCUUGACCGAAGAACAGCUUGCCAGACCGUCUGAACCAUACGCUCGAUUGAUCUACGAUAUCUUGCUCGACAUCCACCCAAAAGCUCUUCCUCUGAAGCAGAUUUACCGGGCCUUGAAGUUGAAAUUUCCAUUCUUUGUACACAGAGUCGACUCGGAAGGAUGGCAAAGUAGUGUCCGGCAUAAUCUGAACCAAGAAUGGAACAAGCUCUUCGAAAAGGGCGAGAAGGAAGGCAAAGGAUUCGCGUGGAAAGCAAUCCCUGGGGCUCUGCAGCCUCAAGCGGAGAGAAGGCGAGCAGCCCAGCAAGCAGCGGCCUCCAAACCAAAACCCGCACCAGCGCCCCGUCAAAAUCCACCUCAAGGCCCUCCUCAGAUGCUGAAUUGGCAGAACAGCACACCAUAUCCUCAACAGAAUGGGAUGCCCCCUCAAGGACAUCCUCCGCCUUUCUACGGACAGGGUCCCCAUGGAUCCAUGCCGCCACCUUCAAAUGGGGUGCCGUGGCCGCCUCCUCCAGGAGGAAUACCGCCGUCGGCCUCAACCUAUCCUACAGGUCAGAACCGCCCUUUCUAUCCACCGUCACAAUCAGGACAGUCACCCUUCCCACCACAACAAGGAUCUUUGCAGUCGGGCCCUGCGCAACCUCCAAGCCAGGGAUCUCACCCGAAUCCAAGUGCAGUUGUGACACCCACUCCCGCAACAGCACCACCCAUUCCCACUAGCUCUUCUGCGUCCCGAAACAUGCCUUGCACACUGGAUGGUCUCAUAACCAUCAAGAAAUUCGAGGGCGCCAUGCUUGAACAGGUCCAUCCCGCAAGAACCGAACACUGGCAAAAGAUUUUUGCGUCUGCCACGAGAAGGUUACUCCACGGCCAUCCUGAGUCUCUGAUGCCAGGUGGUCACACCAUCGAAGAGGAGACGAUCAUGGGACACAUUCGGGAUUUUAUCCGGCGUUUCAAGAAUCCUAAUUUUGCAGGGUUCUCACGGACUGGCUCGCCAGCGCCGGCCAGCUCGAUCAAUGCAGGCACACGAAACGGCACACCGCACAAUGCAUCGCCUGCAACCACCACGCCAGGUCCUCCUCAAGCUAGUCCAUCAGGACUUGCGAAGUCCACUCCGCAAGUCCAGGCCGCACAAAGUGAACUCCCGGCAGCCUCCGCGAGCAGGGGGGUUGAGGGCACCGAGCCAUCAACAUCGACGCCCUCGGCUGAUUCUAGAUCUAUCACUCAGGGUGCGACAACCCAAGCUUGAACAGAGACGUGCAAUUGGCGUGGUUCUGGAGUGGAUGUCCAUCCAUUUGUGGCGAUUGCCAGAGUGCUAUAAGUGUCGACGUAACUUUCCCUCUUUAUCUGCGACAUGGAUCAUGGAUGGUAAUGGUAAUGAUACCCUCGGCGUUGAAGCUCUCAUUCGACUUUGACUUUUUCUCUUCAGGACAAAGGAUAAUCCGUGAGUAUUGCAGCGGUGUCUCGGGUCGAACGACUACACAGCGAGACCAAAAAGCAAUAUGAGUACAUUGAUGCAUCGGACGAUAUCGUCAUCGUCUUGACAAUAGAGAACAGGAGCAUCUUUAAUGACAAUGUUUCAUGUUGGUACUCCGCGAACGAGUGAAUGACGGAUCAAUGCCAAAAGGGUCCAGCAAAAGGCGCCUGGCGUACUGGUAGUUCGGGGCUCGAGUGAGACGCAGCGGUUUCAAGCACACGGCAAGCGGCUCGAUUUUUAUCAUGAAAGGGACAACGACGCAGGAUCUGGGACUUCAGAUAUGGAGUCCACCUAGAGGGUCCACAGAGAGCAUAUAUCCUCGCAACAAUGAUGGUUUGAACUUCCAGUCCCAGGGUGUAAAGUAGACUGGCUGUAUGGGC